AUGGCCGAUCAUAUGGAGGAGCCACCGAUGAAACGGGCGAAAGUCCGGGAUGUAUCCUCAGAAGUUAUCUCAACCACACUCGAUCAAAUGUUCGAUCUGGAAAACCACCUACCGGACGAGCUGAUGGGCGACAACACAUGGGUGGACUCGCUGAGCGGGGGAAACAAACCACCUGGUCCUGGUCCGGGGUCGCAAAUGAAUGGGGACGAUCCAGGUGGAGGAAGCUCCAACCUGACCCAGGUGUCUCUAGCCCUUCAGCGUCAGCAGCUUCAACAGCACCAGCAGAUGCACCAUCUAAUGAUGCAACAGCAGCAACAGACGAACAAAUCAAUGCCGAGUCAGACAAUGCUUGGCAUGGGACCGCUCGGUGUCAAAACGCCCGGCAUGCUGUCUUCGAUGAACCAAACGAUGGGCAACAACGUGGUAGUGAAUGCGAUGGCUGCAGGAGGUGCCGGUGGCAUUUUGGGGAUGGGCAGCGGUAUCGGUCCAAACGGUGGCGUUGGCGGUGCCGGUGGUGGUGCCGGUGGCCCGGUCAUGGCGAACAGUAUGGGAUUGAGCGGUGGCGUUAUGUCCGCUGGAGGACUGGUGCAACUCAACAGUGGCGGUAUACGGCAAGCAAACGCCAACCAAUCCGGAGGCAAUGCGAGCGGAAAUGGUGGCCCGAUGAUGCACCAGCUGGUGCCUCCACAAAACGGACCAAUGGGUGGUGGACAGCCUCGGUUGGGAAACCCGGGUCUGAUGCCGCGUACCACCGGUCAUAUGAAUCCGGGCUUGCGGCAGCUGGUGCAGCAGGGACACGCAGUAGGCACCCCGAUGGUGGGCCAGAUGGGUGGUGGAGGUGGCGCUGGUGGCAACGCGACGGGCGGUCAGUUUGUAGUCGGCUAUCAGCAGCAGGGUGUUAUGCAACAAGGCGUGCGUACUGCAUCGCCUGUCUUGGUCAAUCGGCAACCGCCGAACGGACCGGGAGGGACGCGACUGCCGAAUCCGAUGGUGUCCAGUGGCGGUGCUGGAGGUGCAUCGAUGGGAAUGCUCGGGGGUGACGGUAAUGUUGGACCACAGACGCAGACGGGACAGGGUCCCGCUGGUGUGGUCAGUUUGCAGCAGCAACAGCAUGGUGGUCCGGGUCCAAAUGCGCCACAGAUACGACCGUUGGUCGCAUCGGCUGCAGGGGUAGCGCAGCAAAAUCAAGCAAUCAACUCGAUGAACGUAUCGACGGGGACAGUUGGCGGUGGUGGAGGCACUGGUACGGGAUCCGGUACAUCCGGGACGGUGGGUGCAGCAACAAGCAGUGGUGGUGGCGGAGGUAAUACGUCUAACUCGAUGAACAGCAGUCCCGGUGGCAAUCCACUGUUGGCCGAUCCGGAGAAACGCAAGCUCAUCCAGCAGCAACUUGUACUGUUGUUGCACGCGCACAAAUGUCAGCGUCGCGAGGCGGAAAAUCCGAGCGGCAAUAUCUGUAGUCUAGCUCACUGCCGCACAAUGAAGGAGGUGCUGACUCAUAUGCAAUCCUGCCAAUUAGGCAAGAACUGUCCCAAGACGCAUUGUUCCUCAUCGCGACAGAUCAUCAACCAUUGGAAAAAUUGCCAACGGCAGGACUGCCCUGUGUGUUUGCCGCUUCGUGAUACUAACAAAUUGAAACAGCAACAGGCUUCACAGCAACAGCAACAGCAGCAACAACAACAGCAGCAACCUCAACAAUCUCAACUACAACAAUCUCACCAACAGCAGCAGCAUCAUGCCCAGCAGCAACAGCAAAUGCAGCAACCUCAGCAACAACUACAGAUGCAGCAAGAUCAGCAUCAGCAGUUGCAGCAACUUCAGCAGCAACUUGCACAGCAACAGCAAGAGGCGAUGCAGUUACCGCAAAAGCAGCAACAACAGUUGUUGAUGCAACAGCAGGACCAACAGAAGUCGAUGGAACACAAACAGCAAAUGGUAAAAUCGGCCCAAGCGCAAAUGAUGCUGUCGGACAAGGAUCAGCAACAGCAACAGUUGCUACAGAAGCACGUGCAGCUACAAGCGACGCAGCAGAUUCAGCACAACAUGUUGCAGCAGCACAAAAAAGUACAGCAACUCAUGAUGCAGCAAAAGCAGGAACAGAUGCUACAGAAAUCGUACUCUCAGCAGCAACAGUUGCAACAGCAGCACCAGCAACAAUCACCUCAACUGAUGCAGCAACAGUCACCACAGCUGCAGGUGCAUCAGGCACAGUUACAACAGCAACAAGUAUUGUCACAGCAACAGCAACAACAGCUUUUAUUACAACAACAACAUCAGCAGCAACAACAACAACAACAACAACAGCAACAGGAUAAUAAGUCUCCCAUGUUUGGCCAACGCCAGGUAACGCAACAACAGCUUCAACAGACACAGCUAUCCCAAAUGUCCCAGCCACAGCUGCAGCCCCAAGUCGCACCCCAGCUUCAGUCUCUAUCGCAUGCACCAUCCCCUCAACAGCAGCAACAAAAUCAGCUCGCUGCAUCACAGGAGCAUAAAAAGAUUGCACAACAGGCGGCUGCAGAAGCGGCUGCAGUGCGAGCAAUUGUUGCAGCUUCAGUUUCAUCGGCUCUGCAACAACCACAGCAGCAACAACAACAGCAACAGAAACUGCAAAUGGAGCAGAAAAAGGAUCAGCUGCAACAGCAUUUAGAACAAGCGAAAAACGAACAACAGCUGGAAGUACAGCAAGAUCAACAUAACGAUUUGACGGAAAAACAGCAAACGCUAACGCCAAUGCAUCCGACGGACACGUCGGAGGUAAGUAACGCACUUAGCCAAUCGGACGGUAGUACCGAUGCCGCAACAGUAUUGACGAUGAAGCCGGACGAUCAUACAAAGAAGCAAGACCUGAGUGGUGAUCAUUUGUUGCAAGAUCAGUUGCAGUCACAGCUGGAUAUUAGCAAACAGAAAGCAGACCAGCUACAAAAAGAUUCGCGGUUAUCCGGUGGGACCGUUGAGCAAGAGGGAAAGGACGGUCAGCGAGAGGUAACCGAACAAUCGAAAGAUCACUUGGACCAUCCCGAUCAACAACAGCAAGACAAAACGAAGCAGUCUGACGAUGCACUAGAGAAGAAAGUGCAAGAGGGAAAAGAUGGCACGUCACACGGUCAAUCAAAUCAUGAUGGAUCGAAAGAGCUGUCGGACAAACAGCAAGAUAAGCUGGACAAGACCGAGCACAAAGACGGCCAGCUGAAAGGUUCGCCAAUGAUUGGUGAUCCGACUGUUCCUCCGGAUGGUACGAGUCAGGGUGAAAAGUCGGACCAGGAUAAGUCAGAGCUGAAGGAACUAAAGGAUGCGUCCCAAGAAAGUACGGAGCAGCAUCAUGACAAACAGCAGGACAAGCUGGAGAUGGUGAAAGGAGACGAUGCGUCACAACAAGCGGAGCAGAAGGAAACCAAAUUGGACGGUAAGAGUAUUGCCGACCAGCAGGAAAAGAAGGAAUUGUCUGAAGGAAGCAAAACACAAGACCCAUCCGGUGAGGCGAAAGAUCAAUCCAGCCUCCAGGACAAAUCAUGCAACGAAUCACUUGAUCACGAAAUGCAGGUAGAUGGGAUUGAGGGUAAACUUGCUACAGACAAGAAACAGCCUGGUGGGGAAUCCUCGUCCACUGACGUUGGGUCGGAUCAGUCGGAGAAAAAGUCAGAAUCCCAGUUGCUGGAUCAGCUCGGUCAAUCGUCCGGUUCAAGUGAACAUCACUCGGAGAAGGUCGAUAGCGGGAAAGAUGAUCAGCAAAAAGAUUCCAGUAGUAGCAGCAAAUCGGAUGAAUUAUCUGACGGGCUGUCGAAAUCGUCACUGCCAUUGUCGUCCAGUGGAUAUUCGGAUGGACAGGAAGACACCAACAACAAACUGCUAAAGCCAGACGAAAAACCAAAGCAGCAACAAACGGGCGACCAAGGGACGAUUGACGAAACGGGUCCAUGUGAUUCAUCCAAAACUGUUAGUGAUUCGUCGGAUGAAGGCAUAAAGAAGAUGGACGUGCAAGAACUAGAGAAAGAUAAGACGUCAAACGAGCUGCUGGCAGACGCGAUGGAAGUAGAUCCAGAUACGUCCUCGUCGCAGUCGACCGGUUCCUCGGAACAGAAUAAAUCUUCUACUACGGGCCAGCAGCGAAUCGGUGAGGAACAAGAUGCUGCUUCCUCGUUAGCAAAGGCUUUGCAAGAUCAGGAUCACGAGAUGAAGGAUGUAUCGCUAGUGUCGCAACUGCAGGAGCAAGAGAAAGACAAACAGUCACCGUCGCCACAACAGCGACAGCUGCAGAUGGACCAAUCAAAACAACAGGAUCUGCAGAAACCGCAUACACCACAAACACCCCAAGCGUCCCUAUCCUCGCCACAACAGCAGCAGCAAGUACAGCAACAGGCGAAGCUUAACUUGCAGCAACAGCAGCAAAAGCUCCAGCAGCAGCUUCAACAACAAUUACAACCACAACAGCAGAUGCAAAUGUUGCAGCAGCAAAAGCAACCCAUGUUAUUGCUUCAACAGCUUCAGCAACAGUCCGACAGUCAGCAAAUGCAAUUAAAACAGCAGUCGGCGGACGGUACGGAUCAGCAGCAUGAGCAACAGCUACUUUCAUCCACACAAACAACUCCGCAAGCAUCACCAUUAACGAAUCAACAAGCAACAGGACAUUUAAAAAGUCUUCUACCACAAACGGUCGGUCAAGUAGAACAAACGACACAACAAUCUACACAAGACGGUUCGACAACGCAGGUGCUCCUACAACAGAACUCCGGCAACGUCACGUCAGGAGCGGAUGUGGUCGGUUCUAGGGCGUCGUUCAAUCAGCAGUUAGUGAAUAACAUGCAGCAGCAAUGUGGACCCUCUUCCUCACCGCUUCAGAGCAAUCUGUCCGGCGCCACCGGGCAACAGGCAAACCAAAUGAAUAGUAUGCGAGGUAUGGGAAUGGCGAACCAGCAACAGCAACAGGGCAACACCGUGCGUUUAAUGAUGCCACCGAACCAACUGGUGGCAGGUGGUAUGUUACAACAGCAGAACGAUGGCAGCGCUGGUUGUGGUGGAUUGCUUGGGCAGAACGCAACGAAUCAACAGCAAGGAAGCGUACAGCCCCAGCAGCAAACCCAAACAAAUCCUUCAAUCAUUCCAAUGGCAACGGGUAACAGUGGUAAUCAGAUGUUGUUCAGCCCCGGUGAUAGCAGUCAAAUGGCAGCAAGUGGUGGUAAUUUAACCAACAGUGCCGGUGUUGUUUGCAGCACGUCCACCGCAAGCGGCAUGCAAACACUAACGUCUCAGUCGAUGCCCAUCAUGAACACGACCAACACCAGCACAAUGAGUGCGGGCGGUGGCCCAAAUGCUAGUAAUUUCGCAGUCGGUGCGGCUGGUGGUAAUACGGGUGGUAACGCGGGCGGCAACAACGCGUCGAUGGUGGCCGUACCGGUACAGGGUACGAAGGACUGGCAUCAUUCGGUAACGCCCGAUCUGCGUAACCAUCUGGUGCACAAGCUGGUGCAGGCCAUCUUUCCCUCGCCGGAUCCGUCCGCCAUGUUCGACAAACGUAUGUACAAUCUGGUCGCGUACGCAAAGAAGGUCGAGGGUGACAUGUACGAGAUGGCCAACUCACGCUCCGAAUACUAUCACUUACUAGCGGAAAAAAUCUACAAGAUACAGAAAGAGCUAGAAGAGAAGCGCCAAAAGCGGAAGGAGCAGCAAAUGCAACUGCAACAACAGUUGAAUGCGGCUGGGCAGGUAGUCGGUGGUGGGCCCAACGCUGGUCAGAUAUUGCGUCCACUAAAUCACAACCACCAACAGCAGCAGCAGGUAAAUCUGCUCGCCGGUAUGAAUCCAGCCUCGGGGAGUGGAGUUGCUGGUAAUAAUCCAACCACGAUGCAACAGAUGCAAGCCGCCGCUCGACACGGUGCAGGUGGACUAAUGAACCAAGCGCAAAACAAUCUAGGAGCGCAAAUGGGACCGAACAACCGUAUUGGGGUGGUGAACGCGCAACAGCAGCAGCAGGGUGGACCCGGCCAGACGCAGCAACUGUUUGUCGCUCAACCCGGUCCUAGCCCGAACGGGAACCUAGUGCACGGUGCUGGUGGGACCGUGCUACCAGGCGGACUGUCACCAUUUGGCCAGCAGCAACCCAACAAUCACGCACCGGGUAUGGUCGGUGUGCCACAACAAUCCCCGCAAGUGGUGAACCAACAGCAACAGUCAUUCCUCAAUGGUCCUUCAAUGAUGGACAGCUCGUCUCAGCUGCAACAGUUUAAUGAUAUUGUGCGUGCCAAAUGUGCAAAUCUAAGUGGAGGCGGCGUCGAUGGUACACAACAGCAACAGCUCGGCCAACUUUCCGCUGCACUCACCGGCCAAACAAUGGUCCAAAGUAUGCGGUCGGCGUUCGGUGGUGUAAACGCGAACACUGGUCAACAGCAGCAGGGACCGAAUCAGGGCGGUGUGGUGAAUCCGGGAGCUACCGGUGGCAUGUUCGUGAACGCGAUUAAUCCUGGUGGUUUUAAGCUGAUGAGCGGUGGCAAAUCUCAAGCUCAGCAACGCAACAUUGCCCUCCUGUCCGGGAUGGCCGGAAGUGGUACGGUAGGCGGAGCAAGCGGUACUGGAACGGGACUUGUUGGUAGUGGUGACAUGCUGGCCAGCAGUCCAUACGGUGGUGUGGGAGGUGCAAGUGGUGGAAAUAUCGGUCCCAACACAACAGCUGUUGCUACUUCCAAUGGUCCCAUGCUACCGUCACCAGCCGGAAACAACACAUCAAACAACAGCAUUGUACCACUACUCCUCACGCCUGGCGGUCCUCCGUCCUCGGAAUCAUUAUCAGCUGGCGCUGGAGGGUUGGGUGACGGCCAAACACUUGGUGGAUCGAGUGUAAGCGGUGUAUCUUCCUCCCUUCCCGUUGGUGCUGGUCUCCUUCCGCCUGGAACGCUCGGUGGAACGUUGGUAACCGGUGGUGGCGCUACUACACAUUCUCUGAAUGGUGGCUCGACUACCACUACUCCUGCAACUACACCCGCAACUCCGAGCAGUGCAGGAACACUUGCGUCCACCUCGAACGUGCUUCCCACUUCAUCAGUUGGAUCGUCGGUGACUAAUACCACCGCGAAUGGUGCAACCACUGCGGUGGGAAUGUCUACUAGUCGCAUGACAUCGUCUUCAUCGUUCAGUUCUCAGAUGGCAGCCCUUGAAGCAGCAAUGGCUCGUGACAAAGAAGAUUCACCUGAACCGCCAAGCAGCGCAAAGGAUGGUGCAAGUGGUGGUAGUGGUGGUUGUGGCAGCAAGAAUAACAAGGGCAAGUUUGAGAUGAAGCGCGAGGAGGACAUCAAGUCCGAAGGGGACAGCAACCAUAUGGACACAUCGGGCGGUGGUGAAGUUGGUGGUAAGAACGUUAACAACGACUGUAUGAGCAUGAUGGCACACGACAUCAAGACAGACCUGAUGGACGGUUCGGACGGUAGCAGCAGCGGCAGCGGCAAGAACAAGCUUGACGUGUCCACAUUUAAGGGGGACGUGGACCAGGGCCGUUCUGGUAGUCCAAAGGCAAAGAUGAUGAAAACGGAACUGAAGGCAGGUAUCUAUCCGGAACCGACCAUCCAGACGAACGCGAGUGACAACAAGAAGAAAUGCUCGUUCAAACCGGAGGAACUGCGGGAAGCGCUGUUACCGACGCUUGAGAAACUAGUUACUCAGGAACCGGAAUCGAUACCAUUUCGUAUGCCGGUUGAUCCAAAUUCACUUGGCAUUCCUGACUAUUUUGAUAUUGUGCGCCAGCCGAUGGAUCUGAGCACGAUCCGAAAGAAGCUCGAAACUGGUCAGUACCAAGAUCCCCGCGAGUACGUGGAUGAUGUGUGGCUCAUGUUCGAUAAUGCCUGGUUGUACAACCGUAAGACGUCACGCGUGUAUCGCUACUGCACUAAGCUAUCAGAAGUUUUUGAGUUGGAAAUUGAUCCAGUGAUGCAAUCGCUCGGCUACUGUUGUGGACGAAAGUAUACAUUCAAUCCGCAAGUGUUGUGCUGUUAUGGCAAGCAAUUAUGUACCAUUCCACGAGAUGCAAAGUAUUACAGCUAUCAAAACCGCUCUUUUGGGGCAUUAUCUACCAGAUACACGUACUGUCAGAAGUGCUUCAACGAGAUACCGGGCGAUACGGUUACGCUUGGCGAUGAUCCGAUGCAGUCGCAAACUCAAAUCAAGAAGGAUCAAUUCAAGGAGAUGAAGAACGAUCACCUCGAGCUAGAACCGUUCGUCGAUUGUCUUGAUUGUGGACGGAAGCAGCAUCAGAUCUGUGUGCUUUACCUCGAAACGAUCUGGCCUGGCGGGUUUGUUUGCGACGCUUGUCUGAAGAAGAAGGGUCAGAAGCGCAAAGACAAUAAGUUUAAUGCGAAACGUUUGCCUACCUCCAAGUUGGGCACAUACAUUGAGACACGUGUGAACAAUUUCCUAAAGAAGAAGGAAGCAGGAGCGGGUGAGGUGCACAUCCGUGUUGUCUCCAGUUCAGACAAAAUGGUGGAGGUGAAGCCAGGCAUGCGUAGCCGGUUUGUGGAAAACGGUGAAAUGCUUCCCGAGUUUCCGUACCGAGCGAAGGCACUGUUCGCAUUCGAGGAGGUAGACGGUGUUGACGUUUGCUUCUUCGGUAUGCAUGUCCAGGAGUACGGGUCGGAGUGUGCGGCACCGAAUACACGCCGCGUGUAUAUUGCAUACCUCGAUUCAGUGCAUUUCUUCCGACCGCGCCAGUACCGGACAUCGGUGUAUCACGAGAUACUGCUCGGGUACAUGGAUUAUGCGAAACAGCUCGGUUACACGAUGGCACACAUUUGGGCGUGCCCGCCUUCCGAGGGUGACGACUACAUAUUCCACUGCCAUCCGCCGGAGCAGCGCAUACCGAAACCUAAGCGGCUGCAGGAGUGGUACAAAAAGAUGUUGGAUAAGGGCAUGGUCGAGCGGACGAUUCAAGACUACAAGGAUAUCUUGAAGCAGGCAAUGGAGGACAAGCUGCAGUCGGCAUCGGAACUGCCAUACUUUGAGGGUGAUUUCUGGCCGAAUGUGCUCGAAGAAAGCAUAAAAGAGCUUGAUCAGGAAGAGGAAGAAAAGCGCAAACAGGCAGAGCUUGAAGAAGCUGCAGCAAAUGCGAUCAUGUCCAUGAACGAUGACAGUGACACAGUAGCCGACGGUAAGAAGAAGGGCCAAAAGAAGGCGAAGAAGUCCAACAAGUCGAAAGCAGCCCAGCGUAAAAGCAACAAGAAAACGAACGAACAGAUUGGGAACGAUCUCAGUGCAAAAAUAUUUGCCACCAUGGAAAAGCACAAGGAGGUGUUUUUCGUCAUCCGGCUUCAUUCAGCGCAGUCGGCUGCAAGUUUGGCGCCCAUCCAAGACCCAGAUCCGCUCAUUAACUGCGAUCUGAUGGACGGGCGUGAUGCCUUCCUGACGCUGGCAAGGGAUAAGCAUUACGAGUUUUCUUCACUGCGCCGGGCACAGUUCAGUACACUUUGUAUGUUGUACGAAUUGCACAACCAGGGCCAGGAUAAGUUUGUUUAUACCUGUAACAACUGCAAGAACCACGUCGAGACACGAUAUCAUUGCACCGUUUGUGACGAUUUUGAUCUCUGUAUUACCUGUAAGGAGAAGGUGGGCCAUCAGCACAAGAUGGACAAGCUUGGUUUCGAUCUGGACGAUGGUUCAUCACCGUCGGACGUGAAACAAACCAACCCUCAGGAAGCACGCAAGCAAUCGAUCCAACGAUGCAUCCAAUCGUUGGUGCAUGCCUGCCAGUGUCGCGAUGCCAACUGUCGGUUACCGUCAUGUCAGAAGAUGAAACGUGUGGUGCAGCACACGAAGCACUGCAAGCGAAAGACACAUGGUGGUUGUCCAAUCUGCAAACAGCUUAUUGCGCUGUGCUGCUAUCAUGCGAAGCACUGCCAGGAGGCGAAGUGUUUGGUGCCUUUCUGUCCAAACAUCAAGCACAAGCUGAAGCAGCAGCAGCUGCAACAAAGAUUGCAACAACAGCAACUUUUGCGACGACGUAUGGCAGUGAUGAACACCACUCGACUUGGCGCACCAACACCUCAAAUACCACAGAAUAGCAAUGGUGGCGGAAGCAACUUAAGCAAUGCCGUCUGUUCGUCCAAUGUUAUCGCCGGUUGUUCGGUGGCACCAUCCGGACCUGUAAGCAACACGAUGGCCAUCGGUGUACCGGCCAGCGGUGGUGUAGUCACAAGUAUGGGGUGCGGUGGAAUGGGUAAUGCUGGUGCGGGAGCAAUGAGUCCGUCUGCGGUACCCAAUACGGUACAGAUAGGUGGUAUGGGCAGUCCUCAUCACGGUGGCAUGAAUAUGAAACCGGGAGCGCAAACACCACCAGCGAAUGUGCUGCAAGCUGUUAAGCAGGUGCAGGAGGAAGCUGCGAGACAACAGGCACCGCAUGUUGGCUAUGGUAAAGUUAAUCCCGUGAUGGUACCGCCGGUGAUGCAGCGCGCAAUGCCGGCUGGCCAUAUGAAUGCGGCAGGCGUUGGUGUUAACGUGUCCGGAGUCGGUGUAAUGCCGAAUUCGCAGCAGCAACCGAAUGCAGUUGGUGUGUCGAUGGGCGGUCCUGGUGGUGGCCCUGGUGGCAUUGGACAGAACGUAAUGCAAAUGGACCAGUGGAACUCGCGUUAUCCGAAUGGUGGUGGACCAGGCAUGCGCCCCACGCUACCCGGGUUGAUGCAACAGCCACAGCAGCAACAACCACAGAACCCACUCCAAACGGGCAUUAUGAGCGGAGGUGUUGGAGGUGCUCAAAUAAUGGCCGGCAUACGGCAGGGUCCGAUUGCUAUGCAGGGCGGUAUGAUGGGUAAUGCGCAACAGCAGCAAGCCGGUGGUCAACAAAAUCAACCCGGCCAAACCCAGAUGGCCACGCAACCGAAGCAAGCAAUCGCGCAGCUUAUGGCGACCCUCAAGAAUCCGGCCGCUGGUCCAGAGCAACAGCAGCAACUUCUUUCGAUACUGAAAGCUAAUCCGCAGCUUAUGGCAGCCUUCAUAAAGCAACGUCAACAGGCUCAACAUCAGCAAAAUCAAAACCAGGUAGGCAUGCCGCAACAACAACAACAGCAGCAGCAACAACAAGUCCAACAACAGCAACAGCAACAAACGCAGCAACAGCAAGCACAACAGCAACAGCAGCACGGUGUAAUGCAUCCCGGUGGCUCACAGGUGCAACAGGUGCAAGCUGGACAACCGGUGAUGGUGUACAAUAAUCAACCCGCUUCUGUCCAAAUGGUACCGAACCGUAUGCAAGGCGUACAAGGUAUGCCUGGCGGAGGCAAACCGGGCAAUAAUCCAUCCAUGCAAAUACCGCUUCAACAGCAGUUGUGGUAUAAGCAGCAACAACAGGCGCAGCAACAGCAGCAACAGCAACAGCUGAUGCUUCACCGACAGUUGGCGAUGGCGGGUGGUAACAUACCGCCAGCCCCACCAUACAACCAGCGUCCGCGCCCACAGCAACAGAUGGGCGGCGGUUAUGGACAGGGCGGUGGAAUGUUUCCCGAUCAACAACAGUACAUUCAACAAGCAAUGAAACCUAAUCCCCAAACACAGGGCGGUGUCGGUGUGAACGUGCUGUCCCAGCAGCUGCAGCAGCAGCAGCAAGGCCAGGGUCCGAACCAGGGCAUCAUGGGGCCACCGAAUCCGCAGCAGCUAGCCAUGCAGCAGCAGUUAAUGCAGUCGGUACGAUCACCACCACCGAUCCGUAGCCCGCAGCCGCAACCAUCGCCGCGUGCCGUACCGUCACCGCGGGCCCAACCGUCCGUAUCGCCCCGGGCACAACCAUCGCCCCAUCACAUACCAUCCCAUUCGCCUGUGCCGGUGCAACCGGGCGAUGUUGUGCUGCAUAAUCAUAUGCACUCUACGCACCAGCCAUCGAACGUGGUGGGUAUGGUUGGUGGUGGGGGCGGUGGCGGUGGCGUUGUCGGUGGGGUCGGAAACGUUGGCAUGCCAGGCACGGGUGGGGGUAACGUAGUUGGCGUGGGUGUGGUCGGUGUAGGUGGUCCAGUUAACGCCAUGACAGUCGGUGGCGGUAUGGGUGGUGUAGUCGGUGUGGUGGGAGGUCUUGGUGGCGUCGGUGGAGGAGGAGGUAAUGUGGUAGGAGUAGGGAACGCAGGUGGAGUGCAGCAGGAUCUAGCGCAGGGCGUCGGAAUAAUCGGCCCUGGAGGUAACGGGAGCGCUGGCGAAACUUCCCUGCCGGACCAGCUGACCAAAUUUGUCGAACAGUUGUAG